GCCUAAACAUGGCGACUCCUAGACUGGUGACCGUGGCGGCUACCCAGAUGUCGUGCUCUCCGGAUACGAAGGACAACGUCGAUGCAGCGGAGGCUCUCGUACGGCGUGCGGCGGCGGCAGGCGCGCAGGUGAUCCUGCUGCAGGAGCUGUUUUCGACCCGCUACUUUUGCCAGGAGCAGCGUGAGGAGCACUUCUUGCUCGCCGAGAACCCAAAUGAGAGCGCGCUCCUCGCGCGGUUCCAGGCGCUCGCCGAGGAGCUGGGAGUGGUGUUGCCCAUUAGUUUUUUCGAGCGGGGCAACAAUGCGUUCUUCAAUUCGGUUGUGGUCUUCGAUGCGGACGGACGGCGCUUGGGGCUGUAUCGCAAGAGCCACAUUCCGGAUGGGCCCGGCUAUCAGGAAAAGUUCUACUUCAACCCUGGUGACACGGGCUUCAAGGUUUUCGACACGCAGUUCGGAAAGAUAGGAGUGGCGAUCUGCUGGGACCAGUGGUUCCCCGAGGCCGCGCGCUCGAUGGCGUUGCAGGGUGCAGAGCUCCUUCUGUACCCCACGGCCAUCGGCUCGGAGCCUCAAGACCCGACCUUGAACUCUAGCGCUCACUGGAGAAGGGUCAUGCAGGGGCACGCUGGGGCGAACUUGGUUCCCGUAGUGGCCUCGAACCGGGUCGGCCGCGAAGAAUACCCCGGCAGCCAUAUCACCUUUUACGGGAGCUCCUUCAUCGCGGAUCAAACAGGAGAAAUUGUGGUAGAAUGCUCCUACGUCUCGAGCAAUAGAGGCGAAUCCGAGGGCGGCAACGGUACGGCGAUCGACGCUUCUCGAAUGGGUGCGGCAUCGGCUGCUGUAACGCCUGGUCACUCUCGUCACUUUUCCUGCGGCGAACCGGGCGGUCCGGGUGGCGAAAUUAUCUUGCACACGUUCGAUCUCGAGGGGGUCCGCCUUCAGAGGGCGGGGUGGGGACUGUUCAGGGACCGGCGACCAUCUCUGUAUCGACCGCUCUUAUCGUUGGAUGGAAGGGCAGCGGUAUAGCAUAACGAAGGAAGAAGCUCCUAGAGUCGCUGCCCUCAUUUUCUGACGCAGGAAAGUGCGCCUUCUCCGCUCUCCCCAUGAACCUAUUAGGGAAUAUCAAGGAGUAAAAAAUUUCCAAGGUUGUUUUGUAUUUUUGGCAUGUGAACCACGAACAAUAGCAGAUGGUUUUGAUUCAAAUUCGGACUUGGGAUACUUAUUUUCCCGAAGCGGGUAGAGUGCAGAGUGAGGGAUACGUGACGGGAAGGUUUGCUCCACGGUAGGUACAACUCGGGUGGUUGUGAUGCGAAGGAACAAUAUUGGGGGCCGGUUUCCUGGCAAAUGAUAAGGUUUCUUCAUCGAGGUUUCGUCCGC